CAUAUGAAUUUAUUCCCCCUGAAGACUACAUACCCCAGCGUGCUUUACGAGAUGCUCGAUGGUGGUAGUGGUGCUCCUGUCAUGACGUCCGCCCGGGGGUUAUUGGUGGCACUAUGACAAUGUGGAUCUGGUAGGUCAUGUUAUGGUGGAUUAGGCACAAAGUCCAAUAAUGAUAUUCCGUGUAAUGUACACUAUUCAAGUGACCAAAGGAGAUGGAAGGGCCAUUCCCAGGGUUAAGGGAUCUACACAAGAAAUUACUGCAAGCUGCCCCCCUACAUGAAGAUGUGCAAGUUUCUGCAGCUCUUCUAAUGCCGUGCUUUUCAAGACAAGCAUGUGGGAACCCAGUGAUCCCUGAAAAUGUUGGCACAGUGACUAAUCCAUGCUUGGGCAAUGUGUCCACCACGUGGGUCCCCCGGGAUGUUUCCUUACUUCAGCUGUCUCUUAUUCAGAUCCUCAUCAUCAAAGCUGAGAACCUCUGCACUGAGCCGCAAGUCAGAUGUCAGUAUUCCAAGGUGGUGGAACUUCUUCUACAAAAUGGAGUUGACACAACAAUAAUUGGAUUGUUAAACACUUCAGAUAAGGUGCUAUCACACAUCUCCUCCAAGUGCCUCUCUUAUAUGGUGCUAUAUCAACUUAAAUUCCAGAAUGAGGUGAAUGCUCAUUGGCUUCAGUUCUGUCUGAAUACCUUGGGUGAAGAUCCAGCAUCGCACACACUGACGCCAUGUCUAAUGUCUAUGAUAUCUGUUUACAAAGGAAUUCUUUUAGAUGAGAGGAUCAGAAAGGCAGAUUAUCUGCUGCAGAUUUUGGUGGCUCUGGAAGACGUAUUUAAAGGGUUCUGCUCCAGCUCUAUCUCUCGCCUGUCAGUAACGGAGUGCCAGGCUCCUCUGCCCGAUGCGGCGUCCAGCAGUCAUCUCUCCUGCCUCUUGGAUCUAUUAGAAGUCUUGGUUGCCUUAAGGAUAGAGCUGAAACUAAACGUCUCCCUCUGCAAACAUGUUUUAUCUGGGAUUCUUCCUCAGGUCCUGAACCUUAUGUCCUCUUCUGUUCCUUACUUUGUUAAGAAGCAGGUCAUCCUGGUGCUAAAACGAUGUCUGCUGUAUAAAGCAGGGGAAGAUUUCCUGCCUUCUCCUCCCAGUUCAUACAACCAGCAAGGGCCAGCAUUGGAUGAGGAGCUAGCGGUCCUGGCUACUACUCUACUGAAUGCGGUCCACCAUGGCUGGCUCUCGCAAGUGCCUUCAAGUGACCGAUCAAGCAGCUUCGGCGGGGCCAACGAAGGCUCGGAGCGUGGUCCUGACCUGGUGAUCCUGGGAGCAGCCAGUCUUUCUGUUCUUAAAGCCCUGGAGAUUCAGUUCCAUAAAAAAAUUCACAGCAGCAUUGGCCAAGGUUAUACUGAAUUCUCUGAAAUGUCCCCCUGUAUGUCUCGCUUGCUAAAUUUCCUAAAACAGCAUCUUGGAUGGAAGGAGCCGGUGCACUUCUGUGAAUGGGUGUCCCUCACCUUUAUAGAGCAGGAUGAUGAUAUGUUGGAGGUAGCAAAGACUUUGCUUCAGAUGUACCUACACAGUCCCAGUCUACACUCGACAACUAGCGAAGAUGAGAAAGACAUUUGGAAGUUGCCAUCUCAUGAGUGCGGGAUCAACCCACAUUGCGUCUUCUUGUUCCUGUUAAAGAAUGUAACGUUUGAUGCGUCGGUCCUCCUGGACUUCCUGAUCUCCUCGGAGACCUGCUUUCUGGAGUACUUUGUCAGGUAUUUGAAGCUUCUGAAGGAAGACUGGCCUCAGUUUUGCUCGACCUGCACCUUUCUUGACAGGUCAGUCUCUCUGCAGUUACCUGCCAUGGCCCGUGUCUCUGUCCGUCCUGUGCAGACAGCGAGCGUGUCACAUGCACAAGAAUCUAUUUGGAGCCCACAUGAGGAAACCUCUACUGCGCUCCGUCCAAAGAAUAAGCCGUCGCCACGUUCUCGCCAAUCUGACUCGGAAAGCUCAUCCUCUUUAGGGGCUCUUCAACGCCUCGUAGAAUAUGACAGCUCUGAAGAUUCUGAAUCAGAAAUGUCGGGCAGCGAACCAUGUCUGGUUCUCUCACACCAUGCAAGGGUUGACAGAUCAGAUAUAGAUACACACAUGAAGAACCUGGAGUUGACAGCAAUGCGUUCGGUAUUCCACACUACAUCAGCAGGAAUGCAAGUGGCAGCCGCUACAUACCAGGCUGUGGGCAUCCAGCAGAAAUCGGUCCAGUGCCUGUCCGAUCUUCAGAAAGCCAUUAACAGGCUCCAUAAAAAGAAGCUGUUUCCGUAUAACCCAUCUGCUUUACUAAAGCUACUCGGCCAUGUGUGUGUACUAAGCAAAGAAUAAAGCUCUGGAAUAAUAAAAAAAAAAACUGUGUAUGGUGUCAAAGUAUAAUAAAGCAACUUACUAAUGUUAUUAGCCAUAGUGAUCUGUUUACCUUCACAUCACAGGCUGUGAAUGCAAAGAGCUCCCGUCCCUGCUCCUCCUCCCCCUCCUGUCAGCUGAAGACCAGACCAUUGAUGUGAAGAGGGGAAGCUCAUUACUGCUCAUUAGAUUUUAGGGCAGCAGAAGUCCUUUCUCAGAUGGGACAGCAGGGAGCUUAUUCUAAUGGAAACUGUGACUGAAAAAAGGCUUCCUGCUGUCAUAAAAUCUAAUGAGCAAUAAUACGAGCUCCCUUCUUCACAUCAAUGGUCUUUCCUGAGCAGACAGAAGGGAAGGAGAAAGCCAGAACAAAGUUCUGGAUUUGAUAUGGAGCGAUCUCUGCACUAUUUUGACACCAUACACAGGUUUUUUUUUUUUGUUUUUUUUUCCCCGCUGGACAACCCCUUUAAGUGCAUGUAAUCUGGAACCACUAUACCAUGAAUGAAGCCAGAAGCACAUUCCCUAAAGAAACUUUUUUUUUUUUUUUCCUUCCCAUAUUCCCUCUGCUUAGAACCAUUCUACAUGUAUGUAAAAUAGGCAGAACAGAAAAGUCCAUACUUAGGCUGCAUUCCCAUUACAUUUGAGGCAUAUGGCAUCUGGAUCCAGUGAGAUAAUUUGGAAAUAUACCGUACCCAAUUCAUUUCAUGGAGCCCGACUGAGUCAGCUUGUGACUCCGAUCGGGUCAUUUAUGGGCCGUAACCGUUUCUGUUUCCAAACUGAAAAUGCAGCAAACAGAGGAUUUUAGUCUGAAAUAAAACUAUACGAUCUAAUAAUUACCAGACCGGAAUAAGCUAGUGAAAUUAAUGGAGUACGGCAAAGGCCUGCCGGUUUUCAAAUUCUCCCGCUGGCUGCUGUAUGCCCAAAUGUGAUGUUAAUGCAGUAGGGCUGCAACGAUCAAUCGAUGUAAUCGAUUAAAAUCGAUAACGGGAUUCGUUGUCGACGAAUCCAGCUAUCGAAUAAUCGCCCGAUUUGUUGUCUGCAGUCAGUGGCGACAGUGAAUGAAUGAAUGAAGCAGACAUGUCCCGCAUAUAGGCUACAUUCAUUCGUUUAUUCACCGCCGCCCGACAUGUCCCCGCCGCUGCCCUGCUCCUAGUGCAAUCAGCGCAGCGCCGGGACGUGCUGCUCAUCUCCGUCGAGUACAGAGAUGAGCAGCAGAAAAUAGGCCUGUCCCGGCAGGGCGCUAGGAGCAAGG